AUGAUUGCUUUCUCGAGGCCACUCAAAUCAAAGAGCCCUUGUAGCAUAUGCACUCGAAGAAAAGUUAAGUGUGAUCGCCUAAUACCGUGCUCUAAUUGCGUGAAACGAGGCCAGGAAAAAGAAUGCAAAUCUAGUGCCAAACACCACUCGGGAAGUGAAGAUUACGCAAAGCAAUGUUUAGGUCUUUGGCAAGGUUAUGAUUAUUGGGUCCUAAAUCUAGGUCUUUUCAAAAUGGCAUUGCCAGAGCUCACAUCAUGGACUGAUGUACGGGCCGACAUCGACGAGACGCAAUUUUGGAAAGACUACUUGAACAUGGACGUUUCUUUCAAGCUUCUUGAUUAUUCUAUGGAGAAGCUUGGUGGAUUGUACUUUGGUACCGUUGGUGACAUUGGUGAAUUAUAUGUCCAGCUGGAGGGUUAUUGGGCUCGUAGAGAGUCAUCUCAGGAAACGCAAAAUGCCGACUACUACUUAUGGGAUGCAUUGCUAUGGGCGAUUUUUACAAUGUCUAUAUACUAUAUGCCAAAAGAGAUGCUCACUGACCUUCUUGAUGCCUCUCCUGUAUCGCAGUGGUUUCAUGAGAGGGAAGAUCAGUAUUGGUCAGAAGAGUUAAAAUUUAAUCUCUUCAAUGGAUUUUUGAAAGCCACGAUUCAGCAACUAAAAUGCGCGGACUUUUUAGCGCAUCCUGAUAUUCGCGUUAUUCAAGUGUACCUGAUACUCUCUACCACGUCAUUUGUUCAGCUUAAACGAACAUUCUCUAAUAGCGUGCUUACGCACUGCCUGCACCUUGCCAAACUACUCCAAUUAGAUCAAUUCAAGGCGUUAGUCACAGAUACGGCCGAGGUAAGACUCGCAAAAAUGGCAUCCGAAAGAAUUUGGUACCGUCUGUGUACGCAUGAUUAUUGGCAGUCUGGUCCCAAUAAGCCACUUUCCAUUCAUGAGGAAAACUCAUCAUUACUUAAUCAUGCUGCUUUUUUAAUGGAUAGGCCAAAUGUUGACGUCUAUCAGAGUGAAGAUACCUUCGAAACUUUGGUCUGGAAAAUAGUAUCAUUGGAAAGAGAUCUCGAAAGAUAUUCUUCCACAAGUAGCAAGCCUCCUUUAAAGACUUUGGACGCAGUAAAAAGGCAAAUUGAGAUAUUCAACCGUAAAAUCACAUCCGUGAACGAUACGGAAUCGGUUAAUUCAAAAUUGGAAAAAUUCACUGGCAAAUAUUUAUUAAAUGUUGUCGCUUGGAAAUUAAACUCACUGAUGUUCAUUUAUUUUGAUGCCUCCAGUGGUUUAUCGAAGACAGUUCAGUACACAAGACUUUUAAUUGGGCAACUUUUAAAUAAUAUCAAGUCUCAAAGAGGAUUUUUCAACAAGAACCCGAUAUUCCUCAUACAAAUGGCUCGGAUUGGAGCAUUCCAUUGUUUUUGUCAUAUUUUUCAAUCAUCUGCUGAAAAUGAACAGGUUAUUACCGAUAUUAUAGAAUUAUUCACAAACUUACAGUUGGAAUCUAAUCCAGUAAUUAUGUCAGCAUUGCGGGUGAUGAAAAGACUUCGGGAAAUGAAUGCCAUUUGGCGAGGAGUACAAGUUAUUGAUGAUGGUGAUACUCUUAAUCAUCCUAUAAUAAGAAUUCUGAAAAAUGAUGUGAAUUUGAUCACUAAUAUAUAUAAUAAAGCACAACGCUCUAACAGAUUCUCAUUAGAAUCUUUACUCGCCAGCGAUAAUGAUGAAGAGACGGAUAGCCGAGAAUUUUUGAAAAUUGUACAUGAUUUUCAAAAUAGGCACGAUCUCUUGAAGAUAAUUUCAUUCCACUCAACUAACUUUUAA